AUAGUGGUGACCAAUUCCACGAGGCGCGAAGUAAAGGUCGUUGUCGUUCAACGAAUUGGGCUUUCACUUUUUGCUUGUCUGUAGCUUAAUCGGAACCUUUUGAUUGAGCUUUUUUGCUCGUUAGUUGGUUAAAUUACUGUAUAAGAUCCUAUGCAGUAGAAAUGGGCGAAAACCAAGUCGACGAUGAAGCAUUUGUGAGCUUGGUGACGAACGACAAUUACGCAAAUGGGGCGCUCGUUCUUGGGUACUCUCUACGAAGAGUGAACACCACAAGAAAACUUGCACUGUUAGUAACUAAUCAAGUUACAGCUCCAGUAAGGCAACUGCUAAGCAGAGUAUGGGACUAUAUCGAAACAGUAGAUCCAUUAGACAGCGGAGAUGAUGCAAACUUAGCUCUCUUAACAAGACCAGAACUAGGGAUAACUUUCACUAAAAUAAGAUGUUGGAAUUUAACUCAAUAUUCCAAGUGUGUUUUCCUGGAUGCUGAUACGUUGGUCUUACAGAAUUGUGAUGAAUUGUUUGAUCGACGGGAGCUGUCAGCAGUUCCAGACAUUGGUUGGCCAGAUUGUUUCAAUUCAGGUGUAUUUGUAUUUGAACCUUCAAGAUCAACGUAUGAAGCAUUACUUCAGUAUGCUAUUGACCAUGGAAGCUUUGAUGGAGGAGAUCAAGGUCUAUUGAACUCAUUCUUCAGUAACUGGGCAACACAGGAUAUAUCAACACAUUUGUCAUUUAUCUAUAAUAUGAAUUCCAAUGCUAGUUAUACCUAUGCACCAGCUCAUAAAAGGUUUGGUCAAGAUGUUAAGAUAGUCCAUUUCAUUGGUCCUGUUAAACCUUGGCAAUGUAAUUAUUCAAAUGAGACAGGAAAUGUUUACAUGCCAUCAUACUCCAGUGGGCCAGCACAUGAGAGCAGUUACCUUCGACUCUGGUGGGAUAUUUACAUCACAUUUGUACUGCCUCAAUGCAGUGAAGAGAUCCCACAUACUCAUCCAGUGUGGAUUCCUGCUCAUGAACCACCUCCAGCUUAUAUACCUGAUCCUAAUGAAUUCUUUUGGACACCCUCAGAGAACAUUACUGACACUAGUAGAUCUCAUACAGAAGGCCCUGCUAUCCAAGAUACUCAUCAGGAACCCUGUUACCAUAGCGAUGACCACACCCACAUCGAUGUCCAGGACCACAACCAUUAUCACAAUCAUACCGAAGAUAUCCAUUACACGGAGGAGCUCAAUUCAGAUUCAUACUCAUAUACAAAUACCAAUUCAAUCAUCCAUCAAGUUAUUGACCAACUUAACCUACUGCAUCUUCAGACGGAAGACACCAAUGAGAGGAACUUUGUAGAUGCAAAAACAGCAUGGGAAAAUGGCUGUCCAGACUAUACUGGUAGAGACAGGUUUGAAAAUAUCCAAGUCAAACUAGAUGAGGCUGUUCAAGGACAGAACAGAGAUGCAGAGGACGUUCCUGUGUUAGUUUAAUAAUUUAGAAAUUAUUUAUAGUCUCGUGGGGACUGUGACAAUAGUAAUGAUUGUCUCAAGAAAUUAUUCCCUCAUAAAAUUAGUUUUUAGUUAUGUAUAGUUGUUGCAGAUUAAAUAUAAUUAAUUAUUAAUUGAGAGCUUGACAGCAGGCUUGGUAGACUUGCUCAUUUAAUGUUGUUAUCAAUAUGUUUGUGUAUACUGUAUUAUUGUACUGAUAUGAUAAGCAAAAUUUAACACUCAGAAAUACAGGAGAAUAGGACUAGAAUUCAAGAAUUAACUGCACUCGGCAAUUUAUAAAAGGCAGUUUAUCAAUAAUGCUACAGAUUUUUUAUCCUGUGUAAAUCAUUCAAGCCAUCUCAGAGAAAUUGCAAUACAAGCUGUUUGUUUGUGGCUCAAAUUGAUAUGAUUUAUGCAAAUUCCAGUAUUUGAACAAGUGAUUACACCACCGACAACACUUAAUUUUAUUGACUAUUUUUAUGCUGUGAUGGUUAUAUUAUUAUAUUAUUAUUGUAUUUUUGAAUCAAUAUGAUAGACCAGAGUGCAAAAUAACAGAUUUAACUAUUUCAUGAUUUUAAUUAAAAACCACUCUAACAUAAACUCUUAAAUAGAUUGGAAAAAACAUUAGCAGAUUGCAUUGCUUUUAGUGUGGUUUUCCUUUACCCAUGAAAUAAGCUGCAACAGACCUACUUUAUUAUUGCUAACAGUGCAUAUUUUUCUGCAUCUUUGGCACUUUAUUACAUAAAUAACUAUCACAUUUUGUGCGUUUAUGAAAACCACUCAAUUGUCUAGUCAACACUAUUUAGUAGUAAUUAGAACUAUUUCACAAAUGAAAAGGUGUGAAUCCAUUUGACCAGUGAAACAAAAUUUGACUAUUGAAAUGUGAUAAUCACAUAGGCGCAAAAUACACAUUGCAGGUAAAGGUUUAUUGGUGUAAUGUUACUUAACUAGGAGUUGUUUUCGUAAACCUAUGAAAUACACUUAAAUAUGUGUACUA